AUGGCGAGAUCCCAAGAUACGGCUUUGGCCCGAUCCUAUGGUCUCCCUAAGGUGCACACAGACGGCGCUCCUCUCCGACCCAUCGUGUCACCCAAGGAUACUCCAAAGUUCGGACUGGCUAAGCGGCUGUUCCGGCGUCUCAAGUUCCUGACCGCUGAGUCAGACACCACGGUCUCUUCGUCAGCAGAAUUCGUGGAGAAACUCAAAGGGGUAAACCUCCAUUGAAAUGAGGUCAUGGUAUCCUUUGAUAUUACAUCCAUUUUUACUUCUAUUUCCCAGGACCUGGUGAUCGAGACAAUCCAGAUGCUUCUACAAAGUAAAUACGAUCAAACGGAGAAUCGUCUUGGACGCGCUCAAGACCUUCAGCUCCUGAAGUGUUGUAUCAGGAGGUACUUCACGUUCGAAGGGACAAUCUACGAACAGGUGGAGGGCGCACCAAUGGGUUCGCCGAUUUCGGGAUUCAUCGCCGAGGCGGUCCUGCAACGGUUAGAGUCGCUGGCCUUCCAACACCGCAAACCGAAUUUCUGGGCCCGGUAUGUGGAUGAUACCUUCGUCGUUAUCGUCCGGGAUAUCAACUGCUGA